UUGAAAAAUACAGGCAUGCGCCGACUUCCUCUUUUUCCGGCUGGAACCAUGGAGGGUGCAGAGGAGAAGAAAAAGAAGGUUCCUGCCAUGCCAGAAACCCUUAAAAAGAAGCGAAGGAAUUUCGCAGAGCUGAAGAUCAAGCGUCUGAGGAAGAAGUUUGCUCAAAAGAUGCUUCGAAAGGCAAGGAGGAAGCUUAUCUAUGAGAAAGCCAAGCAUUACCACAAGGAGUACAGACAGAUGUACCGGACCAAGAUUCGGAUGGCGAGGAUGGCGAGAAAAGCUGGCAACUUCUACGUACCUGCAGAACCCAAGUUGGCGUUUGUCAUCAGGAUCAGAGGCAUCAAUGGUGUGAGCCCGAAGGUUCAAAAGGUGUUGCAGCUCCUUCGCCUUCGUCAAAUCUUUAAUGGCACCUUUAAGCUCAACAAGGCUUCAGUUAACAUGUUAAGGAUUGUGGAACCAUAUAUAGCAUGGGGGUACCCUAACCUGAAGUCAGUGAAUGAAUUAAUCUACAAGCGUGGUUAUGGCAAAAUCAACAAGAAGCGAAUUGCCCUGACAGAUAACACAUUGAUUGCCCGAUCUCUUGGUAAAUAUGGCAUCAUCUGCAUGGAGGAUCUGAUUCACGAGAUCUAUACUGUUGGAAAAUGUUUCAAAGAGGCAAACAACUUUUCAUGGCCCUUCAGAUUAUCCUCUCCACGAGGGGGAUGAAGAAAAAGACCACCCAUUUUGUGGAAGGUGGAGAUGCUGGCAACAGGGAAGACCAGAUCAAUAGGCUUAUUCGAA